AUGGCCUCGGGGGAUGGCGGGGUGCCGUUGUACUUUCGGGCAGUUUCUCUUGCGCGUUUUAGGAGUCGCUGGGAAGCUUUUUCGAGAGGGAUACCCCUCAUCGCCCACUGUUUAGUGACUUCGUCUUCGGUCUCUCUAUCUGGGUCUGACGGUUCUAUCUCGGCCGCCUCGUCUAGCAGGUCCUUGAGGUUCGACGGUGUUGUUCGGGAACCUCCAUUCCUCGGCGCUUUUCGUGUAAACGAAGUCGGUAUCCUCGGCAUUCUCUUUUUUCGAGGUGAGCAAGGCAUGGAACUGGGUGUUCGUGGAUUGGAUGGUAACAACCGUUUCUUCUGGGACCCUUUUCAGUGCGCGUAUGGCCGCCACUAUCAAAGGCAGCAUAGGGUCGUUUUCCCCCUUCCUCAUUAUCCGGUGAUAAGGAGGCGGUUUUGGACUAGUUGGGCGUCUAGCCUAUACUUCUUGUCUAUCAUGUUGCUCCGCAUCGAUUGGCCACUUAUGAUGGACUUCGCGAUCGUGUGGAUGGGCUCGUCCUCCUCUCGCUCGCCCGGCGUGGGUUGGGGCGGGCGUAUUUGCGGGUCGUUCAUGUCGGGGUCCCAUCGUGACUUUUCAAUAACCGGCGGUCGGUUACGCAUGCCUGGCAUGUGCAGUUUGGUCGGUUCGAAUGUGGGCGUGCUAGGGGCAUUGGCAUUCCUUAAUGCGCAUUAA